AUGUCAAAAUUAAUUAGUAGUAUAAUUACUGAAAAUUCCGAUGAUAGUAUUAUAAAAGAACAACAAAAUCAAAGUCAUUUAACAUGUACAGAAUCGUUUUAUAAAGAUAAUAUAAUGGAAGAGAUUAAGAGUCAAGGACUUGUUGAUGAAGAUCAAAAAAAUAAAAUGUUAAAUUUCUUAAGAAAAUUUGAACAAGAAAAUGAUGAGACAAUUAAGGAAUCUAUAUAUCAAGAUCAAGAUUUAGAAGAUGAAGAAGAUAUUAUUGAAAGAUUUAAAGAUAUAAAUAUUGAUUCAGCAGAUUUUCAAACAAUAUGGAAUAAGUUGACAGAGAAAGAACGUCAAGAAUUUUUAGAAGGAAAAAUAGAAAAUUUUAUUGUAGAAUUAGAAUUAUGGAAACCUUGGUGGCAAUCAUUAAAUUUUGCAAAAAAACCUCCAAAUCCUGGUAUUAUUUAUAAUCUUGUGAAUAUUUUGUAUGCAUAUGCUUAUACUUGUAGAUUUUUUAAUGGGGAAAUAUUAGAAAAUUUAGAAGAAUCAUGUUUAGUAAUAUGGGAUUUAUCACCUAUUCUAUCAUCAAAUCAAAAUCUAGUAUAUGAAAAUGCUUCACAUGCAAUUUCUAUGAGUUUGCAAUUAACUUUAAAGAAUACUAAAUACAAACAACCUCCAGAUUUUUCAUAUUUGAUAAUAAAUGAUAUUAUUUCAUUAUUAUCUACACAUGAAAAUACACUUGCAGCAUUAUCAGAUCUGUUAAAUCUUUUUCAGAAAUUUAAUUCAUCUGCAUCUUCUAAACAAAAAUCUUUUUUAAAUGGGAAAAAAAUUGAAUUUUAUUUGUCAUACACAGGUUAUUUGCUAUCAAUAGAUAAAGAAAAGGAAAAGUUUGACAAGGUUGAUGAAAUGACAUUGAGAAUGAAAUUGUUGAUUAGUGAACUUGAAAUUUUUAAACAAACCAAAAUUUUGGAACAUGAUAAUCAUCAAAUAUUGCAAAAAGAUGUCGAAAAAGUUUUAGAAUAUAAAAAAGAUUAUUGA